UAUUUUUUAUUAAAUUUCUUUGUCAGUUAUGUCGGUAAAAUGCGUUUCGACAUCGUAAAGAGCCUCGAAGGCGGUUUUGAAGAAGCCAUGGUCGGCUAUCUAUUUCUGGUAAACAUGUUACCACUGAUCCUGGUUCCCAUGAUGUGGCUAGAAACCAGAAAAAUCGCUCAGGUCUUGAACGGCUGGUCAGACUUUGAGUUGUGUUACCAGAGAGUGUCCGGCAAAGUGUUGCCAAUCAAAAUGCACAGCAAGUCGCUCUUCAUAUCGAUUUUGAUACCGAUAAUGUCGACAAUGUCGGUAGUGGUGACACACGUCACCAUGGUCGAAUUUCACGUAUUCCAGGUGAUCCCUUACUGUUUUUUGGAUACUUUGACCUAUAUGUUGGGCGCUUAUUGGUACCUAAUGUGUGGUGUCAUUGGCGAAACCGCCACCGAGGUCGCUGAAGACUUUCAAGUGGCUCUCCGCCACAUAGGCCCCGCCGCCCUCGUGGCCGACUACCGCGGCCUCUGGCUGCGCCUCAGCAGGAUGACCCGAGACACAGGCCUGGCAACCUGCUACACAUUCACCUUCAUCAACCUCUAUCUUUUUCUAAUCAUAACACUGUCGAUCUACGGACUGAUGUCGAAGAUAAACGACGGUUUCGGCACCAAAGACAUCGGUUUGGCCCUGACAGCCUGCUGCAGCGUCUGUCUGCCUCUGUUCUUUAUAUGCGAUGAAGCCCAUUAUGCAUCCAGCAAUGUCCAAACGAAUUUCCAAAAGAAGCUCCUAAUGGUCAACCUGUCCUGGAUGAACAUUGCUGGCCAAACGGAGGUCCACCAGUUCUUAAGGGCCACGGAAAUGAAUCCAUCGAAUAUCAGUUUGGGCGGAUUUUUCUACGUAAACCGAAACUUAUUCAAAUCGUUAUUAGCGACCAUGGUGACCUAUCUGGUGGUUCUUCUGCAGUUCCAAAUCAGCAUUCCGACAGAAUUGGGGGUUCCGGUUGACGAAAACACUACUAUGAGUUCUAAUAUAAAUUAA